CGCCACCGGGCGGGGCCGCCCCUCGCCGAGAGCGUCAGCCCGCCAGGUCCGCGUUCGCGCGGGCGGCGCUUCCUCUGCAGACAUCCUGGUUUUAAGUUUCAAGCUUUAUGAAAUCAGAGGACUGAUGAGAGUGUGCUUUGUGACGGGAGCAGGAAAAUGGUGGAGUUGUGGUACACAUGUUUGCUGUUCCCAAAUGAUGCUCUUUCCUCAAAGCUAAUCUGCCCAGAACCUUUUUUUUCCUCAAAUGACUUCAAAUGCCAAAAGUCUUUUUCCCUCUUCAUUUUUCAUUGGUUCAACAAGCACUUUCUCACCACUCAUUCAGGAGGAAGCAAACAUGAAAAAAUCCACCAGGCCCUACCCUCUAGGAGAUCAGGUUCUAGUGAGGAAGAAAGAGGAUUAUGGCGCAGGGUAUUCUGGGAUUUGUCACAUGCGACCUGGAUUCAGAGUGCCCUGGGAACACUCAGAACGUGAAUUCCAACUGAGGAGACUGGAGAAAUCUGCACCAUGGAAGAUAGAGGGAAGAAGAAGAUUUCAACAGCUUUUGCCAUGCAAACCAUCCACACUGCAUGGGAUCCGAGAACUGCAGAGGGCUUUCUUCAGAGCAUUUUCCAUUCAAGAAUUGGCACGAGGGCUGAGAUCGUCUUGUGCUCCACCUGUAGCUGGCUGUGUGAGGCUGGGCAGGUUAUUUAAUCUUCCUGUGGCGUCAUUUCCCCAUCUGUUAAGGAGGAAUAAUGAGCUUGGUGGUGACCUAUCUCCCUGGGAUGCUGUGAGACUUAGUGAGCUAAUGCCAUUGUUAUUAACUUUAACCAAAAAUGGCUGGGCAAUACCAGUGGGAGACAAGGUAUUGCUGUAGCUUGGACUACAACCAUAAAAUGGAUGCAUCAUGAGACCUUUGGGGUCAUCUUCUGCAUUGCCCUCGGCAUAGAGGAAGCCAGUUUGCCCAUCAAGGACCUCUAGGGUUUUCUCUCUCAGCUUGUUCAAAUGGCUGAAGUCUUGAGGGUGAGAAUGGCAUCUGGAGGGCUUCUGGGACUUUUGUGCUGAAAGGAAAGAAGCCAAAUUCAUGUUGAAAUGUGUAGCUGCAGCGUCCCACAUCCAGCAGUUAAGGAAGACCAUGGUCCUGUGUGGAGUGGGGCCUGGGCCACAGACGGGUCAUCCAACUUUGCCUGCAUGGCACAGCGAUAAAUGGAAGAGCUGGAGAGCAAUUUAUUCCAGACACGGAAAGCACACAGAAUAGAACAAAUGGUGGCAAGAUGGCUUCGGCGCUCUCGAGACAGCUCGGCCCGGGCUAAAGUUGCUGCAGCUGAUGUGUCCCCCGGGAACCCAACCCAGACCCUCACCCCUGUGAGGCAUACAGUAAAGAUAGACAAAGAUGCCCUCCUCCAGGACUAUGGAUUUCACAUUUCCGAGAGCCUUCCCCUCACAGUGGUGGCUGUCACGGCAGGAGGCACUGCUCACGGCAAGCUUUUCCCUGGUGACCAGAUCCUCCAAAUGAACAAUGAGCCUGCUGAAGACCUUUCCUGUGAACGAGCAGUUGAUAUUCUGAGGGAAGCUGAAGAUUCUGUUUCAAUCACAGUUGUUCGCUGCACGUCGGGAGUCCCCAAGUCAUCCUUCCUGACUGAGGAGAAGAGAGCCAGGCUGAAGACCAACCCUGUGAAGGUGCACUUUGCUGAGGAAGUGCUCAUCAGUGGACAUGGCCAGGGUAAUUCUCUGCUGUGUAUGCCCAACGUACUCAAGCUGUACUUGGAGAAUGGACAGACCAAAGCUUUCAAGUUUGACGCAAACACAACAGUGAAGGACAUCAUCCUCACGGUUAAGGAGAAGCUGUCGAUCCGAAGUAUUGAGUACUUUGCACUGGCCCUGGAAGAGCAGUACAGCGUCUCCCGACUGCACCUGCUGCAUGAGGAGGAACUCAUCCAACAGGUGGUAGAAAGGGAAGAGUCACAUGACUACCGCUGCCUCUUCAGGAUGUGUUUUGUCCCCAAGGACCCCCUGGACCUCCUGAAAGAAGACCCUGUGGCCUUUGAGUACCUCUAUCUGCAGAGCUGCAGCGACGUGCUCCAGGAGCGCUUUGCGGUUGAAAUGAAAUGCAGCUCUGCGCUCCGACUUGCGGCCCUGCACAUCCAGGAACGCAUCUAUGCAUGUGCUCAGCCACAGAAGAUCUCUUUGAAGUACAUAGAGAAAGACUGGGGAAUAGAGAACUUUAUAUCCCCAACUUUACUCCGAAACAUGAAAGGCAAAGACAUCAAGAAAGCCAUUAGCUUCCACAUGAAGAGGAAUCAGAAUCUGCUGGAACCCCGACAGAAGCAACUUAUUUCUGCUGCCCAGCUACGCUUAAAUUAUCUGCAGAUCCUCGGAGAACUCAAGACGUAUGGUGGGAAAAUCUUUAAUGCUACUUUAAUGUUACAGGAUAGAGAAUCCUACAUUGCCCUACUAGUUGGAGCCAAGUAUGGGAUUAGCCAAAUUAUCAAUAGCAAGCUUAAUAUCAUGUCGACGUUGACAGAGUUUGCAAACAUCAGCCGCAUAGAGCUUAUGGAAGAGUCUGAGAAAGUGAGCAUGGUCAAAGUGUAUCUUCAGGACAUCAAGGUUCUGACUUUGCUGCUGGAAUCCAACAGUGCAAAAGACCUAGCCUGCCUGAUUGCUGGGUACUACAGGCUGUUUGUCGACCCAGUUACCUCCAUUUUCAUCUGGCCUGGAAACAAGCAGCAGGUGCACCGGGUGUCUGCUGAAGAAGGCUACGAAUCCAGGGCCUGUAGCGACUCAGAGGAGUCCUCUGAAGUGGACUGUGUACUAGAACCUCUCUCGGACAGAUGCCUGGUAAAGCUGGUACCCUGCACACCUCUCAUGCAAGAGGAGGAGCAGGAGCCUCCUGGGGACAGUGCCAUACCUGAGGUGGCCAGGAGAGGCCCAAGCAUCUGCGGGGCCAGCAGCGUGACAGACAGUGCCGAGUCCGAGGCGUCCGACUCAGCUAACACUGAGAGCCGUGGCUGCAGGACCAGCGGCUCCAGUGAGUCCAUGGAUGCACUAGAAGAGGAUGACUUGGAUGCCUGCUCCUCCAGCAGGUCUGACUUCUUCCACUUUGGCUCAUCAGGCUUCCCAAAGAGCCUUGAUUCUGACAGCCAAGAAGAGAGAAGCAGGAUCGAAACCAGCGACUUCCUCUAUCUCCUGGACCUGGCCCAGAGAGCUAGUCCUCAGUGCCAGAAGACAGACUUUUCUGAGAGUCCAGCUCCUGAGAUGUUCAGCUGGGGUCCAGAACUGAGCGCGGUCAGGCUGGACCCCAGGCUGUACGAGGGCAGCCGGGCCGACUACUACAGUCUGUGCUCCAGUGUCUCCUCAGCCAGCCACCUGAGUGACAGUUCAGAGAGCACAGCUUCCCGGCAGGGGUGUCCCCUGCUGGCCUGGGGGCAGCAGGGCUGGCCUGAGGCCCAGCCUAGCUCCACACUAGAAGCCUUGGCUCUGCACCCAACACUGGCCUUUGAGGAUGGCAGCUCGGAUGAGGAAUACUAUGAUGCAGCUGACAAGCUCACACCCCCGGACACCCUCUCAGGGCCCAGAGCUGUUUCUGCUCUAGAACCCAGUGCCACAAGCUUGCAGCGUAAGGCCGGUGCUUGCAACCCUGAGGACAGCCUGAAUCCUGGGCCACAUGGACCAGAGCCAAACAGAAGGGGAGGGGUGAAGAAGUAUGCCAAGACCUUGAGGAAAAGAAGGUCUUUCCUACAGACUGACUAUACCUCGCAAGUCUCAUUUCCCCUGAUGCCUUCAGCCUCCCUGGAGAGUGUGGACAAUGUGUGCUACUAUGACAGGGAGCCCUACCUGGCUCUCGGUGUACCCUCACCAACUGUGUCCUCCCUGCAGGACAUGCAGGGCGAGCCUGGCCUCCUGGAGACCAAGGCCCUGGGGCUGCUGGCUCCCCUGAUGGAAGCUAAGAGCAAAAACCCAGCCUCCAGGGUCAUGGAGAUGGAGCCCGAGACCAUGGAAACCAAGUCGGUCAUUGACUCUCGGGUGUCUUCUAUUUCUGCCAUUCGCCUCCGGGUUGAUCCCAACCAUAAAGAAAAUUCUGGGGUUGCCCCUUUGACUGUCCCUGUCACCAGUUCCCCAGCAAGCACCCCUCAGUGUUCCAACCCAGGUUCAUCUGGCCCAGACACUGCCCAGGCAGGACCUUCCCAAACCUUACCUCCAUGUCAAGACCCCAAUGGCACUGCCCCCAAAGAAGUGACCAUGGAGCCUGGGGAUAGCACUUCCCUCUUCAGUGCUGAUCCUACCCCAGACGGGGUGUGUCUGGCCAUCAAUUCAGGGCCACAUAAUGUCUCUCAGGGAGACACACUAGAGCUCGGAGCAGUCCAGAUGGAAACAGGAUUGGGAUCUUUGUUUAUAAAUCAUAUGCAAGAAACUACCCCCAAAUACACAGAACCUUGGUUGUCUCCUGGAGACCAGCCCAGAAGUGCUGAAUGUGGGAUAAACUCAGGAGAGAAGAUGGCUUCUUUCCCUACAAAGGAGGAACAGCAAGGACAAAUAUCUUUGGAAAGUGACAGAAAAGUUACAAACAAAAAUGACACCAAUUUAUUUCAGGAGGAUUCUGGGAAGGAUUCAGGUGACCCCAGUGGUGACCUGUCAGAUGCUGUUUCACAGGCCCUUGGUGUUAAGGGCCCAGCUGGUGAAAUAAUAGCCUACCUCUCCUUGGAGGCUGCUGUAACAGGGACUGAGCAGACCCCAGCACACCCCGCCAGGGCGCCUCAAGGACAAAGCAGAGAAACUCCAGGCCAAGCCUGCCAGACCCAAGAACAAAAAUUAUUGGCAGGGUUGGAUUUAGAUACCGAUUUCUUACUUGGGGACCAGGCCACUCCAUCAGCCCUCCCUCCAGAGGGUGUCAAGGCAGAGCUCCUUAACUGUGUGAGAGGGGAAGACACAGCCCCUGCAGACACUGUGCCACAGGUCUGUUUUAAUCCAGGGCCGUUCCUGACAAAUCCACCACUGUGUCCCCAAGAGGAGCCCGGCUUAGAGAAUUCAAACACCUGUUCGCCAUCAGAAAGCAAAGGCAAAAGCAUCUGCCCUCCCGCUAGGAAGUCUCUCCUGUGUUUUGCCUCAGGAAACCAUCCUGGUGUUUCUGCCAGGCCCGGGAUGACCACGUCUCUGGGUUUUGCAGGCAUCAAUGAUGCGGUGGCACCCAGGAUUGGGAUGGAGCAGUGUAGCUGCCAGUUCUCCUAUGCCACAUGUUUCCGUGGCCCACAGCCUGAGAUGGAGGAAGAAGACAGGGACUCAGAAGCACACUCCAAGGCUCCCCUCACCUCCCCACCCUCUGCAGGAAGCCCGCUGGCCCUGCCCUGGCGGCCCGCCCGGGCCCACAGCUGCAGCACCGAACCCCUGUGGAGGAAAAGCCACAUCUGGCCCGAGUACUGCUCCAGGGCACUGAGACAGCUGAAAGCUGCCCCCACUAACACUCCCGAGGGCUUCCUCCAACUCACGGAGAGUUUGCUUGAAUUACAAGACAUUUUGGAAGCUUCCUGGGGGGACGGGAAGAAACACCCCCCAGAGAAGUGUACUUGGCACUUUUCUGAAAGCUGGAGCCGUCUCUGCAUGGGCUCCCAGAAGCUCCUGUCAAGUUGUCAGCACGUGAUCAGAACGGACCAGUCCCCCGAAGAAAUGCAGGGUGCUGUGCAUGACACCUUCCAGCACCUGGUCCAGCUGGCCGGCCUGUGCUUCCAGCUCACAGACUGUAGCCGCUGCUCUGCCCGGCACAGGGAGGCGGCUGGGAACCUGAGGGAUGUGGUGUACACCUACUGCCAGUUUGUGGAGGCCGCUAAGCUGACCUGCGAGAGAGGCUACCAUGACCUGAGUGUGAAACUCUUGGCCCGUCAGUGCACGGCCCUCACAGCCUCCGUGUUCUGUUUGACCCAUAAAUUCCGGGCAUCCACUGCCCUGUGAGCACGCCAACUGCCCAGGGGACCCUGCGGUGCCCUGGACGUUCCCUGAGAAGCCCCCUUCAUUCCUCAUAUCCCCCCUUCAAAUGUUUACUAUUUAGAGUAUUCAAUAAACUGCUGCUUAUUCUUGGCCUGACUCAUAUAGAGCGAUGAUAAGUUUGGGUCAAAAGCAUUCACAUUCAGUAUUCACAUUCUA